GAGAGGCUACUGUUUAGUCUAGACUAGUCUCGCCUUCUCUGAAUUUAGACUACAUACAUGCUUUGCGUGACGGAAGAGACAAAUCAAGUGCGUGGUCUAUCCAAAAAUAUUACUGAGUGGAGUCUGUCUCACUACCGAACAAUUAAGGCUACUGUACUUGAUUGAAGAUUAAAGACAAGACUAAAUGGAAGACCAGACUGUAUAGACCUCACCCUCGUGUUAUAUGCUAAAAUAACGCUACUACAGUUUCAAGUAAUUAAUUUGCCGAGAACCAAGACUCAGAAAAGCAUGAGUCUGCUCGCGCUCUUUGCAGUCUUUUUAGGACUAUUUUUUCCGGUGAAAGCUUCGGACGUUUCCCACAAACCUAGAGUGACAUUGACAGACAAAGGCAACUGGGCUUCCUCUGACUACCAGUUGAAACUCCAAGAGGAUGCUUCACAUUUAUACAUCCAGUGAAAUAUCUGUGUCAUUGUUCUAUCUGUGACAGUACUUUCUGAAGAUAGGCAGGAACUGCUUCUCAAAUAGAAACCCCCGAUCACACUUGUAGGCGACGUUGGCUAGCUAAGCUCAUAGAAACACAUCAUUGGGUCUAAAGGUCAUGUGCAGGCCAUCAAAUCAAAGACACUUCUUCGAUAUGAAGUUGUUUUAAACGGAAAUUAAAAAUUUGUAAUUUUGUCACUUUCAGAAGGUUGGAAUUAUAACAUAUUAAACUACUUAAAGACAUUUCACUUCUCUCAUUUACUUCUCAAACCCCAAACCCCGGUCUGGUCUGUUUCGCAAGCAUUCCCAGAAGUCUCACAAUGUUGCGUAUCUGGGUUUAGAAACUCUGUGGUGCUUUGCCGGAAUGUGGAAACAUACCUCAAUCCAGGGAUGGAAUAUGUCGUUGUACUCCCGAAUCCCGAAUCAAGAAUAUUUAUAUACUGCUUGUUUUGAAUUAAACUGCAGUUUUCGUCAGCAUGCUAGGCUCGCUAAUGCAAUAGCAGGACAUUGGAUUCCAUAAAAAAAAAAUGAUUGCAACAAUAAUAACAACAUUACACAUCAAAACAGGGACAUAUCCUGUGAAUACAAUGAAAGAUAUGUAAUAACAAUGCAACGCCUAGAGUUGGCGUGAGUAGCUACCGGAAGUGUUGUUGAAUCCAAUAGGUUGCUUUAGCAUUACCUCAACUAGCAUGCUGACGAUAAUGGCAGUUUAAUUAAAAACAAACAUUAUUUCAAUCUUCUCGAUUCACCUUUCAUCAUUUCAUGAUGAUUAGAUGUACAAUGAUGCAUGCUAUACCUGGAUGGAGGUAUACCGUGCCGGGCUCUGGCUGUCGAAAACUUGUUCUCAACUAGCCUACCUGGUUAAAUAAAGGUGAAAAAAAAAACAAUUAUGGCGUAGCACCGUUCCGAGAGAAAUUAAAGAGAGUAGGAUCCUUUUUGCGCUUCUCCAAAAGUACAAGAACAUGAACCAUAUUUCACACCUUUGUCAUUAGCCAACUCUGGUAAGGAACACAAACUAUUUAUACUCAUACAAGCCUACGUUCAUUGCACGCAGAGUCAGCGUAUAUGCAACAGUUUGGGCCGCCUGGCUCGUUGAGAACUAAUUUGCCAGAAUUUUAUGUAAUUAUGACAGAACAUUGAAGGUUGUGCAAUGUAACAGGAAUAUUUAGACUUAUGGAUGCCACCCGUUAGAUAAAAUACGGAACGGUUUCAUAUUUCACUGAAAGAAUAAACGUUUUAUUUUUUAAAUUAUAGUUUCCGGAUUUGACCAUAUUAAUGACCUAAGGCUCAUAUUUCUGUGUGUUAUAAAGUUAUAAUUAAGUCUAUGAUUUGAUAUUUGAUAGAGCAGUCUGACUGAGCGGUGGUAGGCAGCAGCAGGCUUGUAAGCAUUCAUUCAAACAGCACUUUUGUGCGUUUGUCAGCAGCUCUUCGCAAUGCUUCAAGCAUUGCGCUGUUUAUGACUUCAAGCCUAUCAACUCCCGAGAUUAGGCUGGUGUAACCGAAGUGAAAUGGCUAGCUAGUUAGCAAAAUAGUCCUAUAAUUCCUAUAAUAAUCUCAACCUAAAACUUCUUACCUGGGAAUAUUGAAGACUCAUGUGAAAAGGAACCACCAGCUUUCAUAUGUUCUCAUGUUCUGAGCAAGGAACUUAAACGUUAACUUUUUUACAUGGCACAUAUUGCACUUUUACUUUCUUCUCCAACACUUUGUUUUUGCAUUAUUUAAACCAAAUUGAACAUGGUUCAUUAUUUAUUUGAGGCUAAAUUGAUUUGAUUGAUGUAUUAUAUUAAGUGUUAAUUAUUGUCAUUAUUACAAUAAUCGGUAUCGGCGUUGAAAAAUCAUAAUCGGUUGACCUCUAGCCUAUACCCACAAUAUGGAAAUAUGCUCUGCUACGGUAAAAUUAGAAGGAUAAACUCAUCUGGCACAACGUGAAAUAUUAACCCUAUUCAAAUUUGGUCACUGGGUAGCUUCUUUUAUUUAACUCUGACAAUGCACUGUGUGUACAAAACAUUAGGAAUACCUGCUCUUCCCAUGACAUAGACUGACCAGGUGAAAGCUAGGAUCCCUUAUUAAUGGGAUCAAUCAUGGUUUCCAAGAAGUUAUCCUAGUUCCAGAAGUUCCAUAGUGUAAUCUCAAUGAGCACAUUUUUGCAUGAACACAUGUCCAGUCAUAUGUUUUCUUAAUUAUUUAUAUCUCUGUGUCCUCAGAUGUGAGCUUCCUAAGAAUCCACCUGUCUGGGAAUAACAGCCGUAUAGAGCUCUUGCAUGGCCCUCAUGACAACAUAGUAUAUGCUACAGGCAGCAUAAACCUGUUCCAGACAAACUUCCACAGUUCUAUGACCUCUACAAUGGGUCCUGUGUUUGGAGAGGGUUGUAGAAGUAAUGAUCCCACAUCACCAGACUGUCACUAUAACAUCACUGUUUUAUGCAAGACUAAAGAUCCAAACCAACUGUUCCUGUGUGGAACCAAUGGACAACAACACACAUUGUGCUGUUACAUGAACCCAUCAGACGACCCGUUUAUCUGCACUCCAUCCAAGGACAUCCAAGACAUUAAACAACACAUAAAUGAAAGAGAGCCGUCGCUCCUCAUUGGUUCUCCCGAGGUAGAGCAGUUCUACACCACUCACUCAGGCACAGAGCGUUCCGUGGGGAUCAACAUGUUCGGGAAGAAGAAGCUAUGGACAGAAAACAGUGGAACAGAACAGAGAUAUGUGAGUUUGGUGGCUAGCGAGCAGAGAGAGGAUCGUCUGCAGGACAGACUAUAUGCUUUCUACAUAGAGAAGAACCGAGGCCCGUGUUUGGGCUGUGAUCUCUGGGUUCCCUGGGUUGCUCAAGUCUGCAUGGCCGAUCGUGGAGGACCUAAGGGUUAUCUGCAGUUCAGGUGGACCUCCAAGCUGAGGGCCAGGCUCUUCUGUGGAGACCAUGACAGCAGGCUGUACUUCACCCAGCUAGUGGACGUGAACACUGUUCUGGCAGAGAGGUGGCAGGAUACCAGGGUCUAUGCACUCUUCAGGAAUGGCUGGGGUAUGAGUGCUGUAUGUGUCUACACCAUAGAAGAUAUUGACCACAUCUUUAAAACCUCCAACUUCACUGGGCACACGGGGUCCAUUCCAAGCCCACGACCUGGGGAGUGUGUUGAAGACAGUACUAAACUCCCCAUGGAAGUCCUGAAGAUGGUGGACAAGGUUUCAGAGAUGAAGGAGGGGGUCACCAGUGGGCCUCUCCUGGUCACUCACCAGUAUUACCACCACAUCUGCGUGGACAGAGUCCAAGGCAAAGGGAAUGUCCUGUUUCUGUCUUUAGAGAAUGGAGGGAUUCAUAAGGUUCUGGAGAGGGAUGGUCAAGUCUUCAUCAUCGCUGAGUUACAACCUUUUAACUACAGCGCACACAUCCUCAGUAUGAUGUUGCACUCAUCCACGGGGAAGCUGUAUCUGGCCUCCAGCAGAGAGUUGGUUCAGAUUGACCUGGGCAGCUGUGAGCAGUAUGGAGCCCAGUGUGAAGACUGUGUCCUGGCCAGAGACCCUUACUGCGGCUGGGACGGCAAUCACUGCACCGCAGCUACAAAUAAGACAAUUCAGGAUGUGGAGAACGGGAACCAUCAGGUAUGCAGCAACAUAUCCAGAGUUUACUUUCCAAGGUCACCAAUUGGCGCUGCAGAUGGAAUCAGAAUUCCUCUAUCUUCAAAGUACUUCCUCAGUUGCCCAACCUUGUCCAGCCAUGCUGAAUACAGCUGGAGGCACCAUGGCAACACCACAGCAACACCGUGCAUCUCCACAGGGUCAGAGCACCAGUGUCUCCUGCUAAUAGAGAGCAUGGGCCCUGAGCAGCAGGGAACAUACAGCUGUGUGUCUGAGGAGAAGGGCUACCACAGGACCCUGGUGCAAUACAAGUUACAGCUAGACAGUGGGGCCACAGGCCUGGCCUCUCCCCGCUUGGCUUGUCUGGGUCUGGUACUAACACUGGUCCUGACUUUGCUCUGCUAGAAUCAGCUCUGUGGGAUCUCACCCCAGCCCUAUGACCUAGCGGACUUGACUUGGACAUGUCUGCACUUGUACUUUGGUCUUGCUUACACCCACGCUACCUCAAGAAUAGUACAUGACAGUCAACAGUCAAGUGACUGAGCCAUUUCCUUUGUUUCUUUCACGAUCAAUUGGUCAAAAAACAGAACGCUGUAGAAGUUGAAGGAACUGCACUUGUGCUAAGUUAAUGAUUUAUCUGGAGGAAUUGGCCUUUAUAUAUUUUAUAAUCAUGCUCUUUUUUCUAAUAUGGAAAUUUGCAGAUGUUUCAAAUAUUUUAUGUGACAAUAUGAAUGUAUAGUAUAUUGCUAAAACACUUGUGUUUUAGACAUUUUAGAAAUAUAUAUAUAUUUUCUUAACUUUUAAGUUUCAUGCUAACAGCAUGAUAGUUGUAAAUAUAUACAGUACCAGUUAAAAAUUUGGACAUUACAGGGGUUUUGUUUAUUUGUACUAUUUUCUACAUUGUAUAAUUAUAGUGAAGACAUCAAAACUAUGAAAUAACACAUAUGGAAUUAAAAAACAAAACUAAUUUGGGCCAAGAAACAUGCAAUGGACAUUAGACUGGUGGAAAUCUGUCCUUUGGCCUGAUGAGUCAAAAUUUUGGGUUCCAACUACCGUGUCUUUGUGAGACGCAAAGUAGGUGACCGCAUGAUCUCCGCAUGUGUGGUUCCCGCCGUGAAGCAUGGAGGAGGAGGUGUGAUGGUGUGGGGGUGCUUUGCUGGUGACACUGUCAGUGAUUUAUUUAGAGUUCAAGGCACCCUUAACCAGCAUGGCUACCACAGCAUUCUGCAACGAUACGCCAUCCCGUCUGGUUUGCUCUUAGUGGGACUAUCAUUUGUUUUUCAACAGGACAAUGACCCAACACACCUCCAGGCGUGAGUGAUAGAGUGCUGCAUCAGAUGACCUGAACUCCACAAUCACCCGACCUCAACCCAAUUUAGUUUUUUUUGGGAUGAGUUAGACUGCAGAGUGGAGGAAAAGUCCUUGAAGACUGAAAAGCAUUCUAGGUGAAGCUGGUGGAGAGAAUGCCAAGAGUGUGCAAAGUUGUCAUCAAGGCAAAGGGUGGCUACUUUGAAGAAUCUCAAAUAUCAAAUAUAUUUUGAUUUGUUUAACACUUUUUUGGUUACUACAUGAUUCCAUAUGUGCUAGAAAAUAGUAAAAAAUAAAGAAAACCCCUUGAAUGAGUAGGUGUGUCCAAACCUUUGACCGGUACUGUAUAUAUAUUUUUCUGUUGCUUAUUUAUUUGUAUUAAUACAUAUAAUUAUAGUGAGCUCCAGUAGUAUUGGGACAGUGACAAUUGUUUGAUGUUGUUUUGGCUUUGUACUCCAGCACUUUGGAUUUAAAAUGAUACAAUAACUUUGAGGUUAACCUCUACGGGGUGGGUGUCCCUAAUGUGACUGUUGUAUACAACAGCCAGCUUUCUGGGACAUAGACAUACAUACAGUAUGGGCAGAAAGCUUAAAUUCUUGUUAAUCUAACUGCAGUUUCCAAUUAACAGUAGUUAUUACAAUGAAAAAAAAAUCAUGAUAUUGUUUGAGUGCACAACAAAACCCUUUAUCAAAGCAACUGGUUUUAUACAUUCACCUCUGAAGGUAAAUAAUGUACUUACAUGAAGUAAUCUUGCGGGUCCCAGAGAUAAAAUAUAGCAUAGUUUUGUUUGAUUAAAUCCAUUUUUAUGUUCUAAUGUAGGAACUGGGGUCUACAGUUUGACCCCACUGCUGUCUCUGGCUCUACACCCACCCCACCCGGACAUCUAGAUGUGUGAAAGUUAGUGAACUGUAUAAGCUAAUGAUCCAUCAUGUAUGACAUUCCUGGGAGUGUGUAAACUUACAUUUUUCUAUUACCAUGACAUGUUUUGCAUAAUCUCUAUUAGAGGGUGACCGAUUAUGAUUUUUCAAUGCCUAUACCGAUUAUUGGAGGACCAAAAAAAAAAGCCCAUACCGAUUAAUCGGCCGAUUUCUAUAUAUAUAUUUGUAAUAAUGACAAUUCCAACAAUACUGAAUGAACACUUAUUUUAACUUAAUAUAAUACAUAAAUAAAAUAAAAUUAGUCUCAAAUAAAUAAUGAAACAUGUUAAAUUUGAUUUAAAUAAUGCACAGUGUUGGAGAAGAAAGUAAAAAUACAGUAUGUGCCAUGCAAAAAAGAUAAGUUUCUUGCUCAGAACAUGAGAACAUAUAUGAAAGCUGGUGGUUCCUUUUAACAUGAGUCUUCAAUAUUCCCAGUUAAGAAGUUUUAGGUUGUAGUUAUUAUAGGAAUUAUUGGACUAUUUCUCUAUACCAUUUGUAUUUCAUAUACCUUUGACUAUUGGAUGUUCUUACAGGCACUAUAGUAUUGCCAGCCUAAUCUCGGGAGUUGAUAAGCUUGAAGUCAUAAACAGUGAAAUGCUUGAAGCAUAGCGAAGAGCUGUUGGCAAACACAGGAAAGUGCUGUUUGAAUGAAUGCUUACGAGCCUGGUGCUGCCUACCACCACUCAGUCAGACUGCUCUAUCAAAUAUCAAAUCAUAGACUUAAUUAUAAUAUAAUAAACACACAGAAAUACGAGUCAUUAAUAUGUUCAAAUCCGGAAACUAUCAUUUCGAAAACAAAAUGUUUAUUCUUUCAGUGAAAUACAGAACCGUUACGUAUUUUAUCAAACGGGUGGCAUCCCUCAGUCUAAAUAUUGCUGUUACAUUGCACAACCUUCAAUGUUAUGUCAUAAUUAUGUACAAGUCAGGAAAUUAAUUACGAUCUUUGUUAGUAAGAAUGGUCUUCACACAGUUCGCAACGAGCCAGGCGGCCCAAACUGCUGCAUAUACCCUGACUCUGUUGCACAGAACGCAACAGGAAUUGAAAAAAAGGGUAUGAUUCUUUACACAUAUACAGAAAGUGAAUUUGUCCCCUAAAAUGGGGGGACAAUGUACAACAAGUGCUGUAAUUUCUAAACGGUUCACUCAAUAUAGAUGAAAACACACUAAAAUCCAAUCUGACCGUCUGCACUUUAAAGUAGUCAAAAGUUUCGUAUUUGGUUCCAUAUACUGUACAAAAUUGUUGAAUGCAUUUGCUGUUUGUUUUGGUUGUGUUCCAGAUUAUUUUGUGCCCAAUAGAAAUUAAUGAUAAAUAAUGCAUUGUGUCAUUUUUGGAGUCACCUUUAUUGUAAAUAAGAAUAGAAUAUGUGUCUAAACACUUCUACAUUAAUGUGGAUGCUACCAUGAUUACGGACUGUCCUGAAUGAAUUGUUAAUUAAGUUAGACGCACAAAUAUCAUACCCCCCUCUCACCAUUACAAUAACAGGGGAGGUUAGCAUUGGAGGGGGGGGAGGCAGCCAUUUGUAUUCGUUCUCACUCAUCAUUAUUCACAAUUUUUAAUUUUACCUUUAUUUAACCAGGCAAGUCAGUUAAGAACAUAUUCUUAUUUUCAAUGACGGCCUGGGAACAGUGGGUUAACUGCCUGUUCAGGGGCAGAACGACAGAUUUGUACCGUGUCAGCUCGGGGGUUUGAACUCGCAACCUUCCGGUUACUAGUCCAACGCUCUAACCACUAGGCUACGCUGCCGCCCCAAUUCAUUCAGGACUAUCCAUAAUCCACAUUAAUGUAGAAGUGUUUGAAACAUAUUCUAUUUUUAUGUACAAUAAAAGUGUCUCCAAUAUCCAAAGUGCUGGAGUACAGAGCCUAAACAAGAAAUGUCACUGUCCCAAUACUUUUGAAGCUCACUGUAUGUGAAAUCAAAGGGACUUAUGACAUGUUUGUGAAAUGUUCUUGCUGUUGAAACAUUGCAUCACAGUAAAGUUCGUGUUAAAUGAGAAAAGCCCAGGCUGUAAUUAUAUCUCAAGGGAAAGAUUGUUUUUAGAUACCAUUGCAUGACAAAUUAUUGGCCUCCUUUUUGAUUUUCUCUAUUUUUGCAUAUUUUUGAUAACGAAAGGUAUCAGAUCUUCAAAACCAAAUAUUAGAGAAAGGGAACCUGAGUUUAUACUUAUUUAAUUAAAGUUAUGCAACACCCAAAUCCCCUGUAUGAAAAAGUAAUUGCCCCCUUACUGGUAACACAACUGGUUGUCACCUUUUAGCUGCAAUGACUGCAACAAAAUGCUUCCUGUAGUUGUUGAUCAGUCUCACAUCGCCGUGGAGGAAUUAUGGCCCACUCUUGCAUGCAGAACUGCUUUAACUUAGCAAAAUGUGUGGGUUUUCAAGCUGCUCGUUUCAAGUCUUGCCACAUCGCAAUGACUUUGUCACAUGGGCAUUGUGUUACUUUUGUUUCUGAAAUAUGUAUGUCAUUGUUAUUUGUUCACUCAGGUUCCCUUGAUCUAAUAUUAGGUUGAGGUUGAACAUCUGGUAAUCAGUAGACAAAAUAUGCAAAAGUAGAAAAAAAUUAGAAAGAGGGCUACUUUUUCACAGUACUGUAUCUGUGCUAUCCACACUGCUGACUUAAUGCUUACAUUUCUGGUGUAACAGAUUAAAUGGUUUGAGUAAGUGAA